AUGCCCCAUGAUGCCGCGGGGCCGAGCUACAACAAGCUCUGCCCCGGGCACCCUUGUCCCCCUCCCAUCUCCCCUGCAUCCCCGCAUCUCUCGCCGGCCCCUCGGGCUGAGGGCCGGGCAAUGCAGCUUCGGGGAGCCGGAGGCUGCGGGCGCGCGUCCCUGCGGCGGUGUCCCCGGGGUUCGCGCCCCGAAGGGGCCCGAGGGCAAGUACCCGCUGCACUACCUCGUGUGGCACAACCGCCACCGCGAGCUGGAGAAAGAGGUCCGCGCCGGCCAGUGCCCUUGGUGUCCAAGAUCUGCCCUAGUGACACCUACAAAGUGUGGAAGAGUGGGCAAAACCUACGGGUAGAUACCACGCUCUUGGGCUUUGAUCACAUGACAUGGCAGCGAGGGAACCGCAGCUUCGUCUUCAGGGGCCAAGACACAAGUGCUGUCGUCAUGGAAAUCGACCACGACCGCCGGGUGGUGUACACAGAGACUCUGGCACUGGCCGGGCAGGACCGUGAGCUGCUGCUGGCUGCUGCCCAGCCCACUGAGGAGCAGGUGCUGAGCCGGCUCACCGCACCCGUUGUCACUACGCAGCUUGACACCAAGAAUAUUUCCUUUGAGAGGAACAAGACUGGCAUCCUGGGCUGGCGCAGUGAGAAGACGGAGAUGGUGAAUGGGUAUGAAGCCAAGGUAUAUGGGGCAUCCAAUGUGGAGCUCAUCACCCGGACACGGACAGAGCAUCUUUCAGAACAGCACAAGGGCAAGGUCAAAGGCUGUAAGACACCUCUGCAGUCCUUCCUGGGAAUUGCUGAGCAGCAUGGGGGCCCCCAAAAUGGGACCCUGAUCACUCAGACUCUGAGCCAAGCCAACCCCACUGCCAUCACUGCAGAAGAAUACUUCAACCCCAACUUUGAGCUUGGCAACCGGGACAUGGGCCGCCCCAUGGAACUGACCACCAAGACACAGAAGUUCAAGGCCAAGCUGUGGCUGUGUGAGGAGCAUCCCCUGUCCCUGUGUGAGCAGGUGGCCCCCAUCAUUGACCUCAUGGCUGUCAGCAAUGCGCUUUUCGCCAAGCUCCGGGAUUUCAUUACCCUGCGCCUACCCCCUGGUUUUCCUGUCAAGAUUGAAAUCCCAAUCUUCCACAUCCUCAACGCACGCAUCACCUUCGGAAACCUCAAUGGCUGUGAUGAGCCGGUGCCAUCGGUGCGAGGCAGCCCCAGCAGCGAGACCCCUUCCCCAGGCAGCGACUCCUCCAGCGUCAGCAGCUCCAGUUCCACGACCUCCUGCCGCGGCUGUGAGAUCUCCCCCGCGUUGUUCGAGGCCCCGCGAGGCUACAGUGUGCUGGGCGGCCAGAGGGAGGCAGCCACCCGCGAUGAUGAUGAUGACCUGCUGCAGUUCGCCAUCCAGCAGAGCCUGCUUGAGGCGGGCAGUGAGUAUGACCAGGUCACUAUCUGGGAGGCACUAACCAACAGCAAGCCAGGGACUCACCCCAUGUCCUACGACGCUCGCAGACAGGACAGAACCCACUGUAGGACAGUCCGUGAAGCCUUUGCAUUUCCGCUCUUCACCCCUGGGGGGCAGCUGAGCUCCCCACGUGCUGUGCUGCUUUGUCCCAGAUACAAACCAGUACGUCAAGGGCCCAGCUCCUCCUUCACCCCAGCAUUUCAGCGUCAAGUGCACUUAGCGGGGUGCCCGGCUUCCCCAGCCCCCCCCCCCCCCCCCCCGUCUCAGGGUGGUCCCACUUUCUCCUUGGGCGGCCAGAGGUUGGAGUCCCCAUCCCCAAGGCACUCUUUUUGUGAUCAGGGAGGGUGCCCAAAGUGGCCCCCCGGCCUAGGCAAGGCCUGGUUCCUUCAUGAUGUCUUGGCAAAUGGGGGACAUAUUUGGUCUGGGGGCAAGCACUAGACCCUGUCCCCCAGCCCCGCUUAUGGGCAGGUGCACCCUGGAGCCCUCUCAUCUUCGGCUCAGGGCCCUGGCACCACCACCCACCCCUUCCCACCAGCUGCUGCUAGCCCUCUGUGGUCGUGUGUCCCACCUGCCCCUACCCAGGGGCUGACUCUAAAACCCUUCAUCCAAUGGUGCUAAUCCCCGGCUCUCCCCUGCCCCCCCCCCCCCCCCCAGAGAAGCACAGACCCCGCUAGGGGCAGGGGCCCACUGCACACCCUUGUCCACCUUCUCAGGCUGGCCUUCCUGUCUCAGCCAGUGAGGCUCAGUAGGGACACAAAAGGGAUGGAAGAAAAGAACAAAGAGAAACUGUUCCUCUCACCUCCUUC